CAUUUGGUUGUCUGGUGUUAAUGUGUGGUGAUGUAACUUCAUCAGGUUCAUCUAAACGUUACAUAUAACGCAGACAGUCCGUGGGCGCCUCUCCGCUCAUUGCGCAAUCCGUGCUGGAAAGUGAAUUUGUGUAUCUGCGGACACGUGUUGCACAUGCUCACAGCCUCCAUCCCUUUAUGGUUUGACAACGAAAAAAAGUGUUCAUGUCAGUCGGUUAAAAUUCAUUGUUGCCUGUCCAGCCAAUCAUAGUUUUUGACGACACAAAAGAGGCUAAAGUUGGAGUAUAAAAAGGUGUGCGCUGAUAAAGUAUGAUGCCUAUCAUUGUGGGACAUUAAUCCAUCCCAGUCCGCUCGCGCAUCAGGUCCAGCACACACCCAGGGAUCCUUUUAACUCAAACACCUAAGAGACAAUGCAUCUGUCUCAGAUUGUGCUGUAUCUCAGCCUGCUCAUUGCUUUGGGUCCAGUAGUUCUGAGUGACCAAGAGACGCACCAGCAGCCCUCCGCCUCUAACCCGGAGGACGCGGAGCAGUGCGCCACCUGCGAUGUCCGGCAGCAGAUCAAAACCAUGAGACUAAACGCGAUUAAAUCUCAGAUUUUGAGCAAACUGCGGAUGAAAGAAGCUCCGAACAUCAGCCGAGACAUCGUGAAGCAGCUCCUGCCCAAAGCGCCGCCGCUGCAGCAGCUCCUCGACCAGUACGACGUGCUGGGAGAUGACAACAGAGAGGUGGUUAUGGAGGAGGACGACGAGCAUGCCACCACGGAGACGAUGAUGAUGAUAGCCACUGAACCCGAGUCCGUCGCCCAAGUGGAUGGGGAACCAAAGUGCUGCUUUUUCUCUUUUGCUCAAAAGUUUCAAGCCAACCGCAUAGUGCGCGCUCAGCUAUGGGUGCAUCUGCGCCCUGCGGACGAGGCGACCACCGUGUUCCUGCAGAUCUCCCGCCUGAUGCCGGUCACAGACGGGAGCAGGCACAUACGCAUCCGCUCCCUGAAGAUCGACGUGAAUGCCGGGGUCAGCUCUUGGCAGAGUAUAGACGUCAAACAGGUUCUGGCUGUGUGGCUGCGGCAGCCGGAGACCAACUGGGGCAUCGAGAUUAACGCAUUCGAUUCGCGGGGAAAUGAUCUGGCCGUGACCUCCACAGAGCCUGGAGAGGAGGGACUGCAACCGUUCAUGGAGGUGAAGAUCUCUGAGGGCCCCAAGCGCCUCAGGAGAGACUCUGGCCUGGACUGUGACGAGAACUCUCCCGAGUCCCGCUGCUGCCGCUACCCGCUCACUGUGGACUUUGAAGACUUUGGCUGGGACUGGAUUAUUGCCCCAAAGCGCUACAAGGCCAACUAUUGCUCCGGGGAGUGUGAGUACAUGCACUUGCAGAAGUAUCCGCACACCCACCUGGUGAACAAGGCCAACCCCAGAGGGACCGCAGGCCCUUGCUGCACCCCCACCAAGAUGUCGCCCAUCAACAUGCUCUACUUUAACCGAAAAGAACAGAUCAUCUACGGCAAGAUCCCUUCCAUGGUGGUGGAUCGUUGUGGAUGCUCUUGAGUUGGGACGAAGAU